GACAGGAGAGGAUGUUUGUAGUACAUUAGGAAAAAGGAGAAGAGGCCAUGUGCUGCUUUCAGUCUUAACUAAAUUCCUCAUGGUGUAAACAUGCUGCUGCUACUCCUGCUGCUGCUGACAUCCACAGAUGAUGGCCGGACUCAGCGUGUGCUUGGUGAGAAGAAAAGCGACUCCUGCCUCUGUGCGGUGAACUCCACCAUGUGGAUGUUCCCUGCUGCGAAGUAUCAGGCUGUGCUGCAGCAGGUUCAGGCGUGUGAGGGAUCUUUGAGAAACCUGCAGGAACAGGUGGAGCUCUCUAUUCAGCAUCUCCCUCAGUUUCAGGCAAGGGUUGAGAAUGUGACAUCCCGGCUGCAGGCUUACCAGUAUUUGCGUCACAAGGGCCUGUACACACCGCUGUCCCUGCGCAUGCUGGGCCAGGAACUCGGCCAGCUGGAAACAGACAUCACUGCUAUCCACACCCAGUUAAACAACGCCCACACACAGAAACUGUCCAAAGAGGUGGAAAAACUGCGUAAAGAUGUAGAGAGGAUGCACUCAUCCAACACAGUUAACAUGAUUACUGUCAAAGAGAGUCUGCGCUACCUGAAGAACAGUGUUGAGUCCUGUAAGACAAUCCCCAAAGACUUCAGAGGCCAGCACAGUAACUGCAUGAAGGGCCUGAUCUCCAGUAUCAGUGAUCCUGUAACGACGAAGGUCAGUCCUUAUGGAAAAAGCUACAUCUCUGGUUCAUGGGGCAAAGAGGCCCAGAUGGACGGUGUGAAGGAGAAGAACAUCUACUUUGUUCAGCCUCUUGUCAACAACCACAUCUGGGGAAACAUCUUGCGUGUUUACCAAAACUACGAAGAUUUCAUGGCCUCCACUAAUCAUAAGGACUUCACCUUCGCGCCAUCUCACAUUCAUGCUAAUGCCAUUGAGGGUCCCAGCAGUGUCCUGUAUGGUGAAGCUCUGUAUUACCACUGCUACCUCUCUGCAGAUGUCUGUCGCUACGACCUGAAAACCAAUGGCGUCAAACGGGUGAAGCUUCCAGGCACAGGAGUGGGUUUCAACAACAAGUUCCCCUACUGUUACUAUGACUGCCGCCUUAAUAGUGAUGUUGACCUGGAGGCAGAUGAAACAGGGCUGUGGGCGCUCUAUGCUACCAUGGGUAAUCAUGGUAAUCUUGUGAUGAGCAGGCUGGAAUGGAAUGAUGAGGCUCAGACUCUGAAUGUGACGCAAACGUGGGAGACGAGGCUGUUCAAGAAGGCGGUGAGCAAUGCGUUCAUGGUGUGCGGUGUGAUGUAUGCCACCCGAUACGUGGACGAAUACAAUGAUGAAGUGUUCUACGCCUUCGACACAGCUUCGGGGAAAGAGGACAGCUCACUUGCACUGCGGCUGGAGAAGGUAGCCAAAGGAGUGGCCAGUCUGAGCUACAACCCCACCAACAAGCAGCUCUACAUGUACAAUGAUGGAUAUCUGCUGGCUUAUCAGGCGCAUUUCUAAAUUAAUGCUUUCAUGAAUUAAUUGUCUUAAUUGCUAAAUAAAAAUCUGAUUAAUUUUAUAAAAUAAAGUGGAAGAUAAAAC